UUCUGCAACCAAAGACGGUGGCGGGAAACAAAUGAGCAACAACAACAACAGCCUCAGCCGCUAAAUAGAUAGGUAGACAGAUUACUGCAAGCAUCGCAUUUACACGGAAAAUGUCUCGUGUUCUCAACUGCAUUGUGGCUGUGUGCCCAGAUAUGGGGAUUGGAAGUAACGGGAAUCUACCGUGGCAUCCAAAAAGGCUCAAUAACGAAUUCAAAUAUUUUCAGAAGAUGACAAUGACACCGUCCGUUGAAGGUAAGCAGAACGUGGUGAUCAUGGGAAGGAAGACAUGGUUCUCCAUCCCUGAGAGGAACCGUCCGCUCAGUAACAGGAUCAACAUCGUCCUCAGCAGAGAGCUCAAGGAGCCCCCUGCAGGGGCUCACCACCUGGCCCCAGACUUCAGCUCAGCGCUCCUCCUGCUGGACACAGAGGAGAUGGCAGGCCGGGUUGAUGGGGUGUGGGUGAUCGGAGGCAGCUCUCUGUACAAGGAAACAAUGGAGUAUUCAGGAACGACCAGACUCUUUGUCACCAGGAUCCUACAGCAGUUUGAAAGCGACACAUUCCUCCCCGAAAUCAACCCAGACAAAUACUGUCUGCUGUCACAGUACCCAGGAGUCCCAGAGGGGGUGCAGGAGGAGAGUGGCCUCCAGUACAGAUAUGAGGUCUACCAGAACACCCAUCCUCCAGUACAGAUAUGAGGUCUACCAGAACACCCAUCCUCCAGUACAGAUAUGAGGUCUACCAGAACACCCAUCCUCCAGUACAGAUAUGAGGUCUACCAGAACACCCAUCCUCCAGUACAGAUAUGAGGUCUACCAGAACACCCAUCCUCCAGUACAGAUAUGAGGUCUACCAGAACACCCAUCCUCCAGUACAGAUAUGAGGUCUACCAGAACACCCAUCCUCCAGUACAGAUAUGAGGUCUACCAGAACACCCAUCCUCCAGUACAGAUAUGAGGUCUACCAGAACACCCAUCCUCCAGUACAGAUAUGAGGUCUACCAGAACACCCAUCCUCCAGUACAGAUAUGAGGUCUACCAGAACACCCAUCCUCCAGUACAGAUAUGAGGUCUACCAGAACACCCAUCCUCCAGUACAGAUAUGAGGUCUACCAGAACACCCAUCCUCCAGUACAGAUAUGAGGUCUACCAGAACACCCAUCCUCCAGUACAGAUAUGAGGUCUACCAGAACACCCAUCCUCCAGUACAGAUAUGAGGUCUACCAGAACACCCAUCCUCCAGUACAGAUAUGAGGUCUACCAGAACACCCAUCCUCCAGUACAGAUAUGAGGUCUACCAGAACACCCAUCCUCCAGUACAGAUAUGAGGUCUACCAGAACACCCAUCCUCCAGUACAGAUAUGAGGUCUACCAGAACACCCAUCCUCCAGUACAGAUAUGAGGUCUACCAGAACACCCAUCCUCCAGUACAGAUAUGAGGUCUACCAGAACACCCAUCCUCCAGUACAGAUAUGAGGUCUACCAGAACACCCAUCCUCCAGUACAGAUAUGAGGUCUACCAGAACACCCAUCCUCCAGUACAGAUAUGAGGUCUACCAGAACACCCAUCCUCCAGUACAGAUAUGAGGUCUACCAGAACACCCAUCCUCCAGUACAGAUAUGAGGUCUACCAGAACACCCAUCCUCCAGUACAGAUAUGAGGUCUACCAGAACACCCAUCCUCCAGUACAGAUAUGAGGUCUACCAGAACACCCAUCCUCCAGUACAGAUAUGAGGUCUACCAGAACACCCAUCCUCCAGUACAGAUAUGAGGUCUACCAGAACACCCAUCCUCCAGUACAGAUAUGAGGUCUACCAGAACACCCAUCCUCCAGUACAGAUAUGAGGUCUACCAGAACACCCAUCCUCCAGUACAGAUAUGAGGUCUACCAGAACACCCAUCCUCCAGUACAGAUAUGAGGUCUACCAGAACACCCAUCCUCCAGUACAGAUAUGAGGUCUACCAGAACACCCAUCCUCCAGUACAGAUAUGAGGUCUACCAGAACACCCAUCCUCCAGUACAGAUAUGAGGUCUACCAGAACACCCAUCCUCCAGUACAGAUAUGAGGUCUACCAGAACACCCAUCCUCCAGUACAGAUAUGAGGUCUACCAGAACACCCAUCCUCCAGUACAGAUAUGAGGUCUACCAGAACACCCAUCCUCCAGUACAGAUAUGAGGUCUACCAGAACACCCAUCCUCCAGUACAGAUAUGAGGUCUACCAGAACACCCAGGAAGGGUUCCAGUCCACUGCAGUGUGACCUAGCCUUCUCUGUAGCUGAUAUCAUGGAAAUGGUUUGAAUGUAAAUAACAUUCAGGAAUUUCCAAAUGUCAAUUAAAAUUGUUUUUCCUCACCAAUGAUACCAUUUGUAAAUGUUUACACAAAUUAACAAGCUGU